UGCACACACACAUACACACACAGCUCAAAGGAUUUAUUACCUUGGACAACUUGGAGGCAGCACUCAAAUAUCAGAAGAGGCCAGAGCACUUUGAAAGAAGCAAGAGCGGAGCACAGAGAACUGUGAACAGCCAGAGAAGCUUCUGAAUUCUUGAGCCAUUGGACUGCAUCAAGAUGAUGAAAAAAGCCAAGGUUUUAGAUCCAACUGCUGCCGGGCAAGGCGGCAUCAAACGGAGAUCUAAGGUUCCCGGUGUUAUGAUUACACAGUACAUUGAGGAACUUCCUGAGGGGAUGACAACUCCAGACUUCACACGUAAACCCAUCGCUUUAACCAUUCAAGAAGGAAAACUAGCCAUUCUUAAAGCCAAAGUGACUGGAAACCCAACACCCACAGUAUCGUGGCGUAGAGCAAAAGGAGAAAUUAAUGAUCCCCAAAGGUUUCAGAACAAAUAUGACUCAACAACUGGUGAACACACUUUGGAGAUGCCUAAAGUGAGCAGUGAUCAAGCCGACACUUACAAAUGCUAUGCCUCAAACGAAUAUGGAAAAGCUGUUUGCACUGUUGUCCUAAAUGUAAUUGAAGUUGGAUUCAAAAAGGACAGGGAAUUGCAAAAGGCUGAAGCAGCUCCAGCAGGUGACCCAACAGAGUUUAGAAAGAUGCUCAGGAGAGGUGCUGGCAAAAAAGUUGAGGAGAAAAAGGAUGGUGACAUUGACGACUCUGUAUGGGAAUUGCUGCUGAGUGCUGAGAAGAAAGACUAUGAGUGCAUUUGCAUCGAGUAUGGCAUCACUGAUUUCCGUGGCAUGCUGAAGAAACUGAACGAGAUGAAGAAGGAAAGAGAAGCGGAGCAGGCACAGUUCAUCCAACAUAUCAGUAAUCUCAAGCCCAUUGAGGUGAAAUCUGAGGAUGCUGCAACCUUUGAGCUGGAAAUGGAGCUCAAAGACCCCAACAGCCGCAUUUUUCUGUAUAAGGAUGGCAUCAUGAUUCCAUUCAGCAAAGACAUUGAAGGUGAAAUGAAACAUGGUCUAAAACAAAUUGGCAAGAAGUACAUCUUCACUGUUAAAAGCCUCAAUCCAGAAGAUGCUGGAAUCUAUCAAGUGGAUGUUGAGGGUGUCAAUAUCUUUUCAACGGAUUUCAAGAUUCCCCCUGUGGACUUUGCCCUGAAGAUUAAGGAGGUGACAGCCCAAGAGAGAGAGGAUGCCUUGUUUGAGUGUGUUUUAACUCAGCCCGUUAGUAAGAUUUCUUGGACCCUAAAAAAUACACCUCUCUCUAACAACGAAAAAUAUGAGAUUACUUGUUCUGAAGAUAAACUGGUCCACCGUCUGAAAAUUAUUGAUUGUAUGCCUUUGGAUGCUGGAAUCUAUGCAGCUAUAGCUGGCAUUAAGUCUAGCAGUGCUUGGCUGAUUGUAGAAGCUGACAAAGAUCCUGCAACAAAGGGAAAGAAGAAAGCCCGGAAAACCACUCAGGCAGGUGGUAGUGGUGAAGACUUGCUGAAGAUUGCGGCUGAGCAGGCAGAGAGGAACAAGAAGGAGAUAGCAGAAGCUUUGGAGGCUGCUAAGAAAAUCCAGGCUGAAAGAGAGGCAGCAGAAGCUGAAGCUAAAGCCAGAGCUGCAGCUGAAGCAGAAGCAGCAAAAGCGGCAGCACAAGCGGCAGCAGCUGCCGCAGCCACAGCUGCGGCUAAAGCUGCACAGGAUGCUCUUGCCGCAGCUAAAGCCAAAGGUAAAUCUGAGGCUGAAGCUAAAGCUGCAGCAGAAGCAGCUGCUCGGGCUGCAGCAGCUAAAGCCAAAGCCAGUGCUGAGGAGGAGGCCAGAAAGCAGGCUGAACUCAAGGCCUUAAGUGAAGGUCUGAGUGCUGAGCAAGCUGCUGCAGCAGGGGCUGCGGCAGCUGCUGCGGCAGCUGCUGCGAUGGCUGCACAGGCAGCUGCUGCAGCAGCAAGUCUUGGGAAGGCUGGAGCUGCAGGUGGAGAUGGAGGUGCUGCUGCAGCGGUGGUAGGAGCUGUAUGGGCUGCAGGAGCUACAGGUACUGGACAAGCUGGGGGAGCUGGAGGAGCCGGAGGUGCUGGUGGAGCCGGUGGAGCUAGAAGAGCUGGAGGGGCUGAUGGAGCCGGAGGUGCUGGUGGAGCUGGAGGAGCUGGAGUAGCCGGUGUAGCCGGAGGAGCUGGAGGAGCCGGAGGGGCUGAUGGAGCCGGAGGUGCUGGUGGAGCUGGAGGAGCUGAUGGAGCUGGAGGAGCUGGAGGGGCUGAUGGAGCCGGAGGUGCUGGUGGAGCUGGAGGAGCCGGCGGGGCUGGAGGAGCUGGAGCUGCUGGUGGGGCUGGAGGAGCUGAUGGUUCUGGAGGAAGCGGUGGUGAGGGAGGAGAGGGAGGAGACAAGAAGCGUCAAAGAGCAGGACCUCUUGUACCAGAGACUGUCGUAGGUGGAGGUAACCCAUCUGAUAAAGAAAAACCAGCAGGGUCUGACAAACCAUCAGGUUCGGGUAAUCCAUCAGGUUCCGGUAACGCAUCAGGUUCAGGAAACCCGUCAGGUUCUGACAACCCUUCAGGUUCCGGGAACCUGUCUGGGUCCGGUAGCGCUUCAGGUUCUGGCAGCGCUUCAGGUUCUGGGGACCCACCAGGCCCCGGGAAGCCACCAGGUCCAGGAGGCCCAUCAGAGGGCAGCACUGAAGCUACAGAGGAAGAAAAAGGAGCUGAAGAUGAAAAGGACGAGUCAGAUAAAGCUGGCAAGCGUUCAGGCCGUAAAAAACAAGGCCCACAGGUUCCAGAGACAGUUGUUGAUCCUGGUGUUCACUUUUCUGCUGGGCUGGAAGACUGCAAAGCUAUUGUGGGAGAAGCAGCUGAACUGGUCUGCAAACUUAGCAGUGCUGACUGUAAAGGUGUCUGGUCCAAAGAUGGCGAUGAGAUUACUGCCUCCACUGAGGGUUUGACUAUUAGUAAAGAGGGAGCGGUUCAUAAACUGAAAAUUGCUAAAGUAACAGAAGAAUUUGCUGGAAAAUAUCGGUUUGAGGCUGAUGGGCGUAAAACCGAAUGUGUGAUUGCUGUUGAAGAUCCACCAAGAUUCAGUGCCAAGGAAAUUGAAGAAUUUGCAAAACCGAUUGUGAUCAAACGCAAUCAUAAAGCCACCUUCAAAAUUCCAUUUAUUGGCCGUGAGCCAUUCAAAGUCCAGUGGUACAAAGAUGGUGAAGAGCUCAUGCCAGACUCUCACUGCAAGAUUGAGAUUUCAGAGACUGAAAGCCGCCUGGUUCUCACCAAAUUACAGCGUAAAGACACCGGGGAAAUAAAAAUCAAAGUCAAAAAUGAGUUUGGCACAGUUGAAACCAUUUCUAAUCUAGUUGUACUUGAUAAACCUACCCAACCACUUGGACCACUGGAGAUCGUUGAAGCAUCUGCCAACUGCAUUGAGAUCAAGUGGAGACCACCAAAAGACAACGGUGGUUGCCCUAUUAAACAUUACAUACUUGAGCGUAACCAAAUUGGACGCAACACAUGGAAAAAGAUUGGCCAGAUCCCAGGUGAAGCCCACUACAGAGACACUGAUGUUGACCAUGGCAGAAGAUACUGUUACCGUAUCAGAGCCGAGACUGAUGAGGGCAUCAGUGAACUGAUGGAGACUGAGGAUGUGCAAGCUGGCACUAAAGCAUAUCCUGGUCAGCCAUCUGUUCCUAAAGUAGCCAGUGCCUUUAAAAACUGCAUUAACCUGACAUGGACUCCUCCGACCAAUACUGGAGGAACCGGUAUUUUGGGUUAUAACUUAGAGAAACGCAAGAAGGGCAGUAACUUGUGGGGCCAAGUCAAUCCAUCAGAUCAGCCAAUCCAGGCAAAGAAAUAUGCUGUAAAAGAUGUAGUUGAAGGAAUGGAGUACGAGUUCCGUGUGUCCGCCAUCAACAUAUCUGGAGCUGGUGAACCAAGCAUCCCCUCAGAAUUUGUGUUUGCGAGAGAUCCCAAAAAACCCCCUGGUAAAGUCAUUGACUUUAAAGUGACAGACUCCACCUACACUACCUUGUCCUUGUCUUGGACUAAACCAAAAGAAGAUCCUGGUGUUCAGGAUGAGGCCAAGGGAUACUUUGUUGAUGUCAGGCCUGCUGAGAACACAGAAUGGGAUCGAUGCAACACAAAUGCCAUCAUCAUGACCUCCUACACUGUAAAGGGACUGAAAUCAAUGGCCAUGUAUUGGGUUAGAGUGAUCUCCGUCAAUGAAGGUGGAGAGGGUGAGCCACAGGAGCUGGACAACUACAUCUUGGCUAUGCCUCCUCCAGUGAGACCGAGAUUCACAGAUUCUAAGAUCAAGAGCUUCAUGGUGGUCAGAGCUGGAAAUUCUGCACGAUUCAACAUCAACUUUGAGGCUUCCCCUUGUCCUGAUGUCAUCUGGCUUAAAGAUGGUGUCCAUGUGUCCAAACGUGCCACUAUAAGCAAUGCUGAGGGAGGUUCUCAGAUCCUGAUCCCAUCUGCAGAUCGCUCCGAUACAGGAAUCUAUACCAUCAUAGUCAAGAACAUUGUGGGACAAGAGACCUUCAGUAUUGAGAUUAGAGUUACAGACGAGCCAAAGCCCCCAGGCUACAUUGAGCUGGAUGAGAACGUUCCGGGCACGGUGACAGUUUCCUGGGAACCAUCCCCAGACGAGAAACGCGAUGAUCGCCUGCAUUACAUGGUGACCAAGAGAGACUCCAGCAAGAGGACCUGGCACACUGUAGCAGACCGUAUCUUCAACAACCGUUUCACAGCCUGUAACAUCAUGCCAGGGAGAGAGUACCAGUUCCGUGUGUACUCCAAAAAUGACAUUGGCCUGUCUGCCCCUUCAGAGUCACCAAAAUGGCUUAUCACAUGCAAGAAAGAAAAAUUCACACUGAACAUCCCAGAGUCAAAGACCUGCAACUUGGAGAAUCCUCCGAGGUUUAUGGUCCCCCUGAAAAUCCACACAGCCCCGCAAGGCUACGAGUGCUACAUGAGCUGUGCCGUGAGGGGCAACCCCACACCCCACGUCACCUGGUACCGCAACAACGUCAGCCUCAACACUGACACCAACUACUACAUCACUAACACCUGUGGAGUGUGCUCCAUGCUCAUUCUCAGGGUUGGAGCCAAAGACAUGGGAGAGUAUAAAGUCAUAGCUGAGAGCCCGCUGGGAAGAGCAGAGUGCACCACCAAUCUCACAGUGAGAGAAUAAAACCUUGACGUGGGGAGGAUGUCAAAUUGUUGUUGUUUUUUGGAUUUUAGGCCCUUUGUAGAGCUACAGCAUUGAAUCAUGAAAAAGCUCCACAGUGUGGCCUUAUGAGACAAAAAUGUUAGAAUCAAAUGCAUGCGAAAAACUACAUAUCGUCUUACUGUGUUUAAUAGCACAAAAACCUGAAAACAUAAAGAAAAAAACUCUGUGUUGUGCCGCUUGGGUGGCUGAUGCUUAAUACGCCAUGCUUACCUAAUCCUGUUUGGCAAUGAUUUUACUUCAGCUUAGUUCAGGUUUGGGGGGUUUUAUUGUUUAUUGUGUAUUGUAUUUAAUUUAUUAAUUUAUUUAUUCUUGGCUUUUGUGUACGUACGCUGCUCUUUCACACUUUCACAAAUUCAAUUACACUGAAGUACGGUUAAAAAAGUGUAAAGUGCUGAUUUCUUGCAUCCAUUUUUUUCUUUUUGCUUGUCUGGAAAUGCUAAAGUGUAAAAGACGCUUUGCUUCUUCAGAUAUGCUUUAUCAACAAAAAUGGUUUGGUGUAAAUAAAAUAUUCAGGUUCUUUGAACAGUG